AUGGCAGCGCAAGGUGCUUCCUACUGGCUGCGACUCUGCAUGCUUCUGCUGCUCUGUCUAUCUGAAGCCCUGUCCGAAGAGAUAAACAGAAAUUACUACGACACUCUUCAUGUUGAGCCAACAGCAACGGACAGCGAGAUAAAAAAGUCUUUCCGAAAACUGGCCGUGAAGUACCACCCUGAUAAGAACAAGAGCGCAGAUGCUGAGAAGACUUUCAGGGAGAUUGCUGAAGCCUACAGAGUCCUCUCAAACAAGGAGCAAAGGAGGGCGUAUGACCAUGUGGGCCACGGAGCUUUCCUGAAAAAUGAGGACCUACUCAAGCCUGAGGAUGAGUAUCAGACAAGCUUCCACUUCAGCUUCCCAGACUUCUUCCACGACUUUGAUGACAGUCUCUUUGGUGGACAGUGGCGCUUUCACCAGGAAGAGGAUGAGGAGGAUGGUCGUUAUGAUCACUACAGUUUUGAGGGGGAAAGAUUUAGCUUUUAUUUUGGAGAUCCAGAUGAAUAUGAAGAAGAGUACUACUUCUAA